AUGGCUGCUGCAGGAUACCGUUUGUCUGCACAGGUGGGCGGGCACUCCAAGGACGUGCGGUGCGUGGCGGCGCUCUCGUCGUCGACCAUUGCCACCGGCUCGCGCGACGCCACCAUCAUCAUCUGGCACAACGUACCUGAGACCACCACAUGGGAGCCCAUGCGGACGCUCUACGGUCACGAGCACUUUGUAGCUGCACUGGCUGUCCUUGGCCCGCCUAGCCUGGUUGCUGCCUCUGGAUCGGAUGAGCCGGCUCCGCUGGACGAGGCGGACUCAGUCCUGCCGCUCCUCGCCUCGGCUGCCUACGACAACACGGUUAUGAUCUGGGACUCGGCUGCGGGCGUGCCGCUCGCUCGGCUGGAGGGCCACACGGGCAACGUAUGCUCGCUGGUGGUGGCCCCUGGCGGCGAGCUGAUCUCCGGCUCGUGGGACGCCACUGCCCGCGUCUGGGCUCCGUCCGACGGCCACUCGGCCCACGGCCCGGCCUCACGCUGCGUCUCGGUCCUCGAGGGCCACGAAGGCUCAGUCCUGGCCCUUCUAGCUGAUUCUCGCCGCGGGCUGCCGCUGGUUGUCUCGGCCGGCUCGGACAAGACGCUGCGGGUGUGGAACGCAGCGACCUGGGCCUGCUCCGCCGUCCUCCGCGGGCACGACGACGUGGUCCGCGGCCUGGCGCUCGCUGGUGGCCCAGACUCGGACCUGGUUGCCUCGGUUGCCAACGAUGGCAUGGUCAAGAUGUGGUCGAUGACCUCGGGUGCAUGUGUCCGCACUCUUGGUGGCGCCCACUCAAACCUGGUGUUUGCACUGGCUGCCCUACCGUGGUCCUCGGCGGCAGCACCGUCGCUGGUCACCGGUUCGGAGGACAAGUCGGUGGUGGUCUGGUCCGAGGCCGAGCCGCUGCAGACCAUUGCCUUCCCCACCACGGUGUGGGCGGUGGCGGCACUGCCGAACGGCGACUUUGUCGCAGGCUGCGCUGACGGCAUCGCACGCAUCUUCACGGCCUCGGACGCGCGCAUCGCCUCCGACGAUGAGCUCGCCGCCUUUGAGGACUACGCCUCGGCGGCUGCGCUUGUCUCGGGCGGACAGCAGGUCAAGCUCGACGAGCUCGACGACAUUUCGCAGCUGACGGUUGUCGAGGGCGCCCGUGACGGCGAGACCAAGCUCUUCCGCGACGGCUCCAAGGCUGUCGCCUACUCGUGGUCCGCCGCAUCCGGCGCAUGGGUUCUCAUCGGCGACGUUGUGUCGGGGCCCGGCGGCAAGGAAAUGCUCAACGGCAAGUACUACGACUGUGUGUUCGAGGUCGACGCCGGCGACGGCAACGGCAACUACAAGCUUGGCUACAACCACGGUGAGAACGAGUACGACGUCGCCACCCGUUUUUGCGCCGAAAACGGUCUCCACCCGCAGUUUAUCGAGCAGGUUGCGCAGUUUAUCCGCACCAACGCCGCGCCGCAGACGCUCGCCAUGGGCGCAACUGAGCCGGCGUGGACCCGUCUGGGCCUCUCCUCGGCCCAUUUUCCGGUCACUGCCCCGGCGUUCUUCAUGGCCGCCAAGGGCCUCUCCCGCGCCGCAGACAAGCUCGCCGCAGACACCGACGCCGACGCCGACGCUCUCUCUGACCUUGCCGCUGUCCUCGCUGACGUCGGCCGCUACCACUCGUCGGUUCUUCCCACGGCGUGGAUCGAGGCCCUGCUUGCCGCUCUCGCCGCUGCACCCAACGGCUCCAAGUUUGCCGCCUACGACCUCCUCCGCAUGCUUGUCCUCCACCCGAGCGGCGCCACCUACUUUGCCGCCGCCCCAGGCGAGCUGGUCGGCAUUGUCGCCGAUGGUGUCGCCUCGGGCUCAGGCCCGCGCCGCAUGCUUGCCCUCCGCCUCGCUGUCAACGCCUUCAAAGCCCUGGUCCUCCGUCCCGACAUGCUUGCCAGCGCCGAUCAGCUGCUGGCUCUCGUCGCCGGCCUCGUCGACCCGGCCGCCAUCGCCUCGCCCAAAGAGCUCACCGCUGCGCUCGGCGUCGUCGUCGGCUACGCUGGCCUUGCCACCGACCUGGCCGCCGACCGCAUCCGCGACCUGGCCGCCAUCGUCAAAACCGUCCUCGAACGCAACGACGACGGCCUCGCCUUCCGCGCCCUCACCGCCUGGGGCACCUGCCUCGUCAAGGCGCCGUCGCACGCAGUCGACAUUGCCGUCUCUGCGGGCCUCCUCACCGCCGUCUCCAGCUACGUCUCGGACCACGCCCAGAUGCAGAGCAUCCUUGCCGACAUCAAGGCCUUUUCUGGCUCUGGAUAA